GAGAGAGAGGAGAGAGAGAGAUGGACAGUCAGUCAGACGGAUCUACAGUAUAGUAGUUAUGGCACCUGCCCUGCUCCAUUUGAAGAGGGAGAGAUAGCGUGAUGUCAGAGAUGGUCCUGAUGAGAGCGACGCUGUCAGUGGCCCUCUGCCUGCUGCUGGCGUCCGUUGGCUCGUGCUGCGGACCAGGCAGGGGACACGGGAAGCGGAGGCACCCCAAGAAGCUGACACCGCUUGCGCUGAAACAGUUCAUCCCCAACGUGGCAGAGAAAACCCUGGGGGCCAGCGGCAAGUACGAGGGCAAGAUCACGCGCAACUCGGACAGGUUCAAGGACCUGGCUCCCAGCUACAACCACGACAUUAUUUUUAAGGAUGAGGAAAACACCAACGCAGACCGACUCAUGACACAAAGGUGUAGGGACAAACUGAACUCUUUGGCUAUUUCAGUCAUGAAUCAGUGGCCCGGGGUUAAGCUUCGAGUCACAGAGGGCUGGGAUGAGGAUGGUCAUCAUUCGGAGGAGUCUCUGCACUAUGAGGGCAGAGCGGUGGACAUCACCACCUCAGACCGGGACAAGAGCAAGUAUGGCAUGCUGUCCAGGCUGGCUGUGGAGGCGGGCUUCGACUGGGUAUACUAUGAGUCCAAAGCCCACAUCCACUGCUCUGUGAAAGCAGAAAACUCGGUUGCAGCUAAGUCUGGAGGUUGCUUCCCUGGUUCGUCCAUCGUGAUCUUGUCAGAUGGAAGGACUAAACCAUUGAAGGAGCUCCAGGUGGGAGACAAGGUGCUGGCUGCAGACCAACAAGGACAUCUUGUUCCUAGUGACUUUCUAAUGUUUAUGGACCAGGACAAGCAGAUUAUGAGAGAUUUCCACGUCCUGGAGACUGAAGAGCCACGCUGCAGACUUACACUGACGGCAGCUCACCUGGUCUUUGUUAUGAGCAACAACAACAACAGCAGCGACAUUAGGGCCGUGUUCUCCAGUAAUGUAAAAGUAGGUCAGUGGCUUCUUGUUGUUGGGAAAGACCGUCCAGACCAUCUCAUCCCUGCAAGAGUGACAAGAAUUCAUGUGGAGAAAUAUCGAGGGUCCUAUGCACCCGUAACAUCUCACGGAACCAUCAUAGUUGACUGGGUUUUGGCAUCUUGCUAUGCGGUAGUUGAGGACCAUGACCUUGCACAUUGGGUUUUUGUGCCAGUCCGACUGUGGCGCACAUUCUUGUCCCUGGUCGGGAUGGUGAAAGAGCUCAGCAGUGUGUACCAAACGGAGGGUGUCCACUGGUACCCCGAGCUCCUCUACCAUGUGGGAAGUUGGGUUCUGGACAGCAGCUCUUUUUACCCACAAACAGGGCUUUAAAUUGACACCUGCCAACCUGCCAAAUGCGGGUAGAAAUGAACUUGUAAAGUUACUAGCCAAUU